AAAAUCGAAGAAGUUUUGGAUCUCUCUGAUCUCGAUCCAGAUUCUCUCUACUUUGCUUAUCUUCGAGAGAGAAAUUUGUAUCUUCAGAUUUCUUCGAGGAGGAAGACGAACCCUACUUGAUUGAUUUCUCGGUGGAGGAGAGAUCUUUCUAAAGAAGAAGUUUGAUUCUGUUUGUAAUCCGUAGAUCUGCUGCUUCUUUCGAUCGAUUUGGGAAAUCUUUAGUAUUGAUUCCAUAGAAAUUGUCGCUCGAGGAAGGUGAAGAAUUCUGGGGCCCAGAUUCCGGAGAUUUUAAUUAGUCUUGGUGGUCUGUUGCUUCGGCAAUGUUAGAUCGUAAAAGUCUUCCAUUGUGAGAAAACGGAGGUUGCUUUGUGGAAGCUGAUUCUUCUGGUUUUGGAUUGGAAUCGGGACUAUGGAAGUUGAUUGAAACAGUGUUGGUUUUCUUAUUUGUUACCUAAUCUGGUUUCGCUACUGGUUAAGCAAAAAUGAAGUUUUGGAGGGAACGUGAAAGGGAAAAUAAGGAACAGAUCUUAGCUCCAUUAUGUGGGCAAGUUCGAGUAUUGGUUGUUGGUGACUCAGGUGUUGGAAAAACAUCACUUGUACACCUCAUCAACAAAGGUUCUUCUAUUGUUCGCCCACCUCAAACCAUUGGAUGCACAGUUGGUGUGAAGCACAUAACCUACGGGAGUCCAGCUAGUUCUUCAAGUAGCAUUCAAGGUGACUCAGAGAGAGAUUUCUUUGUUGAACUCUGGGAUGUGUCUGGGCAUGAGAGAUACAAAGAUUGCCGGUCACUGUUCUAUUCACAAAUCAAUGGAGUUAUUUUUGUUCACGAUCUAUCUCAAAGAAGAACAAAAACGAGCUUACAGAAAUGGGCGUCUGAGGUUGCAGCGACUGGGACUUUUUCAGCUCCUCUUCCCUCGGGAGGUCCUGGUGGUCUUCCUGUCCCAUACAUUGUAGUUGGCAACAAAGCAGAUAUUGCUGCAAAAGAAGGAACAAAAGGAAGCAGUGGAAAUCUUGUUGAUGCAGCUCGUCAUUGGGUUGAGAAGCAAGGUUUGCUUCCUUCUUCAAGUGAGGAUCUUCCUCUCUUUGAAAGCUUUCCUGGUAAUGGCGGUCUCAUAGCGGCUGCCAAAGAAACCAGAUACGAUAAAGAAGCUUUGAACAAAUUUUUCCGGAUGUUAAUAAGAAGAAGAUAUUUCUCAGAUGAACUGCCAGCGGCUUCACCAUGGUCUGUUUCAUCCAUUCCAACCUCAUCAUCCCAACGGUUAGACGAGAUUACAAGUGAUGAUGAUCAAUUUUACAAGCGAACAAGUUUACAUGGAGAUCCAUACAAAUACAACAACACAUUACCGCCACUUCCAGCACAACGCAACCUAACUCCGCCUCCCACGCUAUAUCCGCAACAACCUGUGUCUACCCCUGAUAACUACGCCAUCCCGAGAUACUCUCUUUCCAGUGUACAAGAAUCAACCAACAAUGGCAAUGCCCGAGCUAAGCGAAUGGAUAUUAACGUCUGAAGUCUCUCAUCUCUUGUUUGCUCUUCUCAUUCCAAGAAAACUUUAUGUUAUCUCUAUUAUUCUUUUUGAUUCUUCUUUGUAGGUUGGUAAAGUGAAUAUGUGUGUAAACCCUCUUUGGUUUGUACAUUGUGGGGUUUUGACCUUAUAGCAAAUUCUUUC